AUACUAUAUAAAUGAAAGGACAGUAAGGAUAGCAGAACAAACUCAUCACAGGAAGAGACUCACUCAUGGCCUAUGAGACAGAGGAUCAUGAAACUCAAUACUGCUUUCCUGCUAUCAACUCAUCAUGUAUCAAGGGAAUGCGCUCUAGAUAUGAAUACAAUAUCAUGUAUGUGUUUGUAUCAUUGCUGUCAGCAUGGACUGUGUUUCUGAACCUGCUGGUGAUCAUCUCCAUCUCUCACUUCAAGAAUCUUCACACUCCAACCAACCUGAUUAUUCUCUCUCUGGCUGUGGCCGACCUGCUUAUGGGACUAGUCAUGCCCAUAGAUGCCACCAGGCUGAUUGAGACGUGUUGGUACUUUGGAGACCCUUUCUGUAGACUGUUUAUUAUAAUCCUUGGAUUGCUCUUCUCAGCAUCUCUCAGUAAUUUAGUAUUAAUAGCUGUUGAUCGUUAUGUGGCUGUGUGUCACCCUUUACUGUACUCACAGAAAAUAACCACAACUAAAACUUUAGUGUGCAUCUGUCUGAGCUGGGUUUGUUUCUCAACUUAUAACACUACCCUUGUAAUUAAUAAUGGAUAUUUGGACACUUCACUCAGAACAGACAGGUGCUAUGGAGAGUGUUCUGUUAUGAUGGAUUUUGCCUGGACAGUCUCUGAUAUGUUUAUGUCUUUUAUGUUUCCUUGUACCCUGAUCAUAACUUUAUAUUUGAGGAUUUUCUAUGUUGCACAUCAGCAAGUGAAAGUUAUAAACUCUCUGAUGAAGAGUGGUAAAUGUGUAAUGGAAGGUUCAGUAAGGAGAAAAUCUGAGAGUAAAGCUGCUCUGACAUUAGGAAUCAUUGUUACAGUUUAUCUGCUUUGCUUUAUUCCAUACUAUAUCUGUUCUAUAUCAGUAACCUCUUCCACAACCAUAAAUAUUUUGACAUGGCUUGUGUAUACAAACUCAGGUCUGAAUCCUCUGGUUUAUGCUUUAUUUUAUCCCUGGUUUAAAAAAUCUGUUCAACACAUCUUAACAUGUAAAAUAUUUCAGCCAGCAUCCUCUCUGAUCAAUAUUUUUACAGAACAUCAAUUAUAAUUAAACUUGUAAAGCUGUCACUCAUAAAGGUAGAUAUGAUUAUCAUUCUAUGAUUUAUCUUUGUAAAUUUGAGAGACAAAAUGUUCAUGAAUUGAGUUGCAUUAGAUUAAGAAAAUUUAGCAAACAGCAUAAAUCCUCAAUCUACUGGAAUAAUGAAAAGGUACUUUCAUGUACGUCUGCUCAGACCCUGACGUGGUGCUAAGCACUUUUCAGUGUCCAAGACUGUUUUUAUAAAUAUGAUAGUUGGUGUGGAUUUUAGUGUACGCACACUGUAAGAUCAAAUCUGUGUCAUUGUAAUACUCAUGGAGGGCCGAAAAACUGAUUGAAAUGUUUGUUGUUUGACAACACUGUCUGUGGCUUGUUUAUAAUGACCAUCUGAAUAUGUCACCAUUUGUUUUGAUCAUCUGAGAAGCUAUUGCAUCACUGCAGUGUGUGUGUGUGUGUGUGUGUGUGUGUGUGUGUGUGUGUGUGUGUGUGUGUGUGUGUGUGUGUGUGUGUGUGUGUGUGUGUGUGUGUGUGUGUGUGUGUGUGUGUGUGUGUGUGUGCUCUUACAGUUUUUCA